UUUUUAUUCUUCCUCACACGAUGGGGGCAGCGAGAGGCGGCAGCCCCGGUGCUGCCAGCAGGCGGCGGCCGAGCCGCGCCGGGCCCCGCCGCCUCCCGCCGGGCCGAGGCCUGGCGUCCGUGGCGGGCAGGGCGCGGAGCGGGGCCGGCCUGGCCGCCCCCCGAUCCCCGGCGGCAAGGACAAUGGUGCUUUUUUUUCUGAGCAGAACCACACAUCUAGCAAGAUAUUCAUCCAGUCUACUGGGGAGACAACUGUGUUCAGCCAGUGCAAAUAUGCCAGUGUUGACUUUGUUCACCAAGAUUAACUCUGUGUGUAAAGAAGAUUUUAAGCCAAAGGCAGAGAAGUUGAUACUUUCCAGCUGUGAGUGGUAUUUCAUGGCAGAGGGAUGGAGCCACCAUAUUCAUCGCUGUAUACUUUAUUGUGUGAGUUACAGGCCAAAUGCUGCUACUACAAAUGCUGAAGCAACACGCCUUCAUGUUCUUCAGAUAUGCAUUGCUCUAACAAUCAUGAUGCAUGAUCAGCAAGAGACAGCUGUAUAACUGUAGUGGAAGACUAGGGAAUUUUCAAAAAGGAGAGGUUUUCUUGGAAAAUCUGACCCCGUCACAAGUCUGUGCUGUUUUCCUGUUCACCUUGGUGGAGGUUCACUAUCCUCCCAGCUGUGCAGGUUGGAAGCAAUUGUGCUUAAUUCCUAUGAGGCAAACUCAGCCAUGUUAUUUUAACUCACCUUUUUUUUUUUUUUCUUUUUUUUCUUUUUUUUUCUGUUUGAACUGCCCCGUGACUUGAUCUGAAGCAGAUUAGGAGUUAGUCAUGCUGACUCCCUCAUUCCACUUCUGACAAGAGCAGUACCAGAAGUUGUUUCCAGCUGGAGAUAGAAACAAUUUCAAUACCCAUUGCUGCUGAAGUAUACUGGGGGGAGAUAAGACACCUAAACUGUGCACUUUGCUUUUAGAAUACCAGUUGAAAACUGUUAAUUUAUACCAUGAGAAAAAUAACAGCGAAUGUGUAAAUUCUGCGGGUGAAGCAAAAGUAGUUUUUCAUUUCAUCCAUUCUGCACCGGUAAAGAUUUAGAAGCAGUAAGACAUAGGAGAGAAAUGGGAGAGGGAACCCGCAUUUACAGUAAUGACCACUCCUGUCUGUUAUGUCACUUGACGCUAUAAAUGAUCUGUGUGUUUUACUGCAUACUUUAAGAUAGUCUGAAUGUCUUC